UUCCGCGGAGGUCCUGCCGCUCCCUGCGGACGGGCGCUGAUUGGCCCGUUUGAAAUGCGCCAGGCGGGAGCUCACCUGGGCUUUUAGCGUCGCCGCCGGCUUCUCCGAGCACCGCACUUUAGCCGCGGGGUCCCAGUUCCUGCUGCCGGUCCUAACGUCCGGCAGUCUUCGCCAGCCCGCCGUUUCGCGCGCGCGUUUGGGCAGCGUGGAGCCUGUUGCCAUGAAGUCAGCGAGAGCUAAGACACCCCGGAAGCCUAUCGUGAAAAAAGGGUCCCAAACGAACCUUAAAGACCCAGUUGGGGUAUACUGUAGGGUGCGCCCACUGGGCUUUCCUGAUCAAGAGUGUUGCAUAGAAGUGAUCAAUAACACAACUGUUCAGCUUCAUACUCCUGAGGGCUAUAGACUCAACCGAAAUGGAGACUAUAAGGAGACUCAGUAUUCAUUUAAACAAGUAUUUGGCACUCACACCACCCAGAAGGAACUCUUUGAUGUUGUGGCUAAUCCCUUGGUCGAUGACCUCAUUCAUGGCAAAAAUGGUCUUCUUUUUACAUAUGGCGUGACGGGAAGUGGAAAAACUCACACAAUGACUGGUUCUCCAGGGGAAGGAGGGCUGCUUCCUCGUUGUUUGGACAUGAUCUUUAACAGUAUAGGGUCAUUUCAAGCUAAACGAUAUGUUUUCAAAUCUAAUGAUAGGAAUAGUAUGGAUAUACAGUGUGAGGUUGAUGCCUUAUUAGAACGUCAGAAAAGAGAAGCUAUGCCCAAUCCAAAGACCCCUUCUAGCAAACGACAAGUAGAUCCAGAGUUUGCAGAUAUGAUAACUGUACAAGAAUUCUGCAAAGCAGAAGAGGUUGAUGAAGAUAGUGUCUAUGGUGUAUUUGUCUCUUAUAUUGAAAUAUAUAAUAAUUACAUAUAUGAUCUAUUGGAAGAGGUGCCGUUUGAUCCCAUAAAACCCAAACCUCCACAAUCUAAAUUACUUCGUGAAGAUAAGAACCAUAACAUGUAUGUUGCAGGAUGUACAGAAGUUGAAGUGAAAUCUACUGAGGAGGCUUUUGAAGUUUUCUGGAGAGGCCAGAAAAAGAGACGUAUUGCUAAUACCCAUUUGAAUCGUGAGUCCAGCCGUUCCCAUAGCGUGUUCAACAUUAAAUUAGUUCAGGCUCCCUUGGAUGCAGAUGGAGACAAUGUCUUACAGGAAAAAGAACAAAUCACUAUAAGUCAGUUGUCCUUGGUAGAUCUUGCUGGAAGUGAAAGAACUAACCGGACCAGAGCAGAAGGAAACAGAUUACGUGAAGCUGGUAAUAUUAAUCAGUCACUAAUGACGCUAAGAACAUGUAUGGAUGUCCUGAGAGAGAACCAAAUGUAUGGAACUAACAAGAUGGUUCCAUAUCGGGAUUCAAAGUUAACCCAUCUGUUCAAGAACUACUUUGAUGGGGAAGGAAAAGUGCGGAUGAUCGUGUGUGUGAAUCCCAAGGCUGAAGAUUAUGAAGAAAACUUGCAAGUCAUGAGAUUUGCAGAAGUGACUCAAGAAGUUGAAGUAGCAAGACCCGUAGACAAGGCAAUAUGUGGUUUAACGCCUGGAAGGCGAUACAGAAACCAGCCUCGAGGUCCAAUUGGAAAUGAACCAUUGGUUACUGACGUGGUUUUGCAGAGUUUUCCACCUUUGCCAUCAUGUGAAAUUUUGGAUAUCAACGAUGAGCAGACACUUCCAAGGCUGAUUGAAGCCUUAGAGAAACGACAUCACCUACGACAAAUGAUGAUUGAUGAGUUUAACAAACAAUCUAAUGCUUUUAAAGCUUUGUUACAAGAAUUUGACAAUGCUGUUUUAAGUAAAGAAAACCACAUGCAAGGGAAACUAAAUGAAAAGGAAAAGAUGAUCUCAGGACAGAAAUUGGAAAUAGAACGACUGGAAAAGAAAAACAAAACUUUAGAAUAUAAGAUUGAGAUUUUAGAGAAAACAACUACUAUCUAUGAAGAAGAUAAACGCAAUUUGCAACAGGAACUUGAAACUCAGAACCAGAAACUUCAGCGACAGUUUUCUGACAAACGCAGAUUAGAAGCCAGGUUGCAAGGCAUGGUGACAGAAACGACAAUGAAGUGGGAGAAAGAAUGUGAGCGUAGAGUGGCAGCCAAACAGCUGGAGAUGCAGAAUAAACUCUGGGUUAAAGAUGAAAAACUGAAACAACUGAAGGCUAUUGUUACUGAACCUAAAACUGAGAAGCCAGAGAGACCCUCUCGGGAGCGAGAUAGAGAAAAAGUUACUCAAAGAUCUGUUUCUCCAUCACCUGUGCCUCUUUCUAGUAACUAUAUUGCUCAGAUUUCCAACGGCCAGCAACUCAUGAGCCAGCCACAGCUACAUAGGCGCUCUAACUCUUGCAGCAGCAUUUCUGUAGCUUCCUGUAUUUCGGAAUGGGAGCAGAAAAUUCCUACGUACAACACACCUCUCAAAGUCACAUCUAUUGCAAGGCGUAGGCAGCAGGAGCCAGGACAAAGCAAAACUUGUAUCGUGUCAGACAGAAGGCGAGGGAUGUACUGGACUGAAGGCAGGGAGGUGGUUCCUACAUUCAGAAAUGAGAUAGAAAUAGAAGAGGAUCAUUGCUGCAGGUUCCUCUUUCAACCUGAUCAGAACGCACCACCAAUUCGUCUCCGACACAGACGAUCACGCUCUGCAGGAGACAGAUGGGUAGAUCAUAAGCCCGCCUCUAACAUGCAAACUGAAACAGUCAUGCAGCCACAUGUCCCUCAUGCCAUCACAGUAUCUGUUGCAAAUGAAAAGGCACUAGCUAAGUGUGAGAAGUACAUGCUGACCCACCAGGAACUAGCCUCCGAUGGGGAGAUUGAAACUAAACUAAUUAAGGGUGAUAUUUAUAAAACAAGGGGUGGUGGACAAUCUGUUCAGUUUACUGAUAUUGAGACUUUAAAGCAAGAAUCACCAAAUGGUAGUCGAAAACGAAGAUCUUCCACAGUAGCACCUGCCCAACCAGAUGGUGCAGAGUCUGAAUGGACCGAUGUAGAAACAAGGUGUUCCGUGGCUGUGGAGAUGAAAGCAGGAUCCCAACUGGGACCUGGAUAUCAGCAUCACGCACAACCCAAGCGCAAAAAGCCAUGAACUGACAGUCCCAGUAUUGAAAGAACAUUUUCAUUUGUGUGGAUGAUUUCUCGAAAGCCAUGCCAGAAGCAGUCUUCCAGGUCAUCUUGUAGAACUCCAACUUUGUUGAAAAUCACGGACCUCAGCUACAUCAUACACUGACCUAGAGCAAAGCUUUCCCUAUGGUUCCAAAGACAACUAGUAUUCAACAAACCUUGUAUAGUAUAUGUUUUGCCAUAUUUAAUAUUAAUAGCAGAGGAAGACUCCUUUUUUCAUUGCUGUAUGAAUUUUUUAUAAUGCUUUGUUAAAAUAUAUUUCAUGUAUACUUAUAAACUAAUUCACACAAGUGUUUGUCUUAGAUGAUUAAGGAAGAAUAUAUCUAGAUCAUGCCUGAUUUUUUUAUUGUGACUUUUCCAGCCCUGGUCUGAAUUUCUUAAGGUUUUACAAACAAAUGCUGCUAUUUAUUAGCUGCAAGAAUGCACUUUAGAACUAUUUGACAAUUCAAACUUUCAAAAUAAAGAUGUAAAUGACUGGCCAAUAAUAACCAUUUUAGGAAGGUGUUUUGAAUUUUGUAUGUAUAUAUUCACUUUCUGACAUUUAGAUAUGCCAAAAGGAUUAAAAUCAAAAGCACUAAGAA